AUGGCAGGAGUAGCCCCAACCCCAUUGCUGAAAGAUGAGCUUGACAUCGUUAUCCCAACCAUUAGAAACCUUGAUUUCUUGGAGAUGUGGAGGCCAUUCUUCCAGCCUUACCAUCUGAUUAUUGUUCAAGAUGGUGAUCCUUCCAAGACCAUUAAGGUCCCUGAAGGGUUUGAUUAUGAGCUGUAUAACAGGAACGAUAUCAACAGAAUUCUGGGUCCUAAGGCUUCUUGCAUCUCCUUCAAGGACUCUGCUUGCCGGUGCUUUGGCUAUAUGGUGUCUAAGAAGAAGUACGUCUUCACCAUUGAUGACGAUUGCUUUGUUGCUAAAGACCCAUCCGGCAAAGAGAUCAAUGCCCUUAAGCAGCACAUUGAAAACCUUUUGAGUCCUUCUACUCCCUAUUUCUUCAAUACUCUCUAUGAUCCUUACAGAGAGGGUGCAGACUUCGUCCGUGGCUACCCGUUCAGUCUCCGUGAGGGAGCUCCAACUGCUGUUUCUCAUGGCCUCUGGCUUAACAUCCCUGAUUAUGAUGCCCCCACCCAGCUUGUUAAGCCACGUGAAAGAAAUACUAGGUAUGUUGAUGCAGUCAUGACAAUUCCGAAGGGUACUCUAUUUCCCAUGUGCGGUAUGAAUUUGGCAUUCGACCGUGAGCUCAUUGGACCAGCAAUGUACUUUGGGCUCAUGGGUGAUGGCCAACCUAUUGGACGCUACGACGAUAUGUGGGCUGGAUGGUGUACCAAGGUUAUUUGUGACCAUUUGGGCUUAGGCAUCAAGACUGGUCUGCCAUACAUCUGGCACAGCAAGGCAAGCAACCCUUUUGUGAACUUGAAGAAAGAGUACAAGGGUAUCUACUGGCAGGAAGAGAUCAUCCCAUUCUUCCAACAAGUUGUGCUGCCAAAGGAAUGUACAACCGUGCAGCAAUGCUACCUCGAACUUUCCAAGCAGGUAAAGGCGAAACUUUCAGGUGUUGAUCCUUAUUUCACCAAGUUGGCAGAUGCCAUGGUGACCUGGAUUGAAGCCUGGGAUGAGCUCAACCCGUCUGGAGCUGCUGCUGCUGCUGCUCCAGCUAAGCCCAACAAUGGCAAAGCUUAA